CACCGUUAAUCAUAGCGUCCAUGAGUCUGAUCGCACGGUUUUGAUAACAUAGUUAGUCUUCUGUCAGUAUAUCUCAAUUUUGCAGAUCAAAUCAUCUCUCUAGCUUUCUCGAUGGAUUGGCAAGGACAGAAACAAGCGGAGCUAUGGAUGCAGAUACUUCUGGUAGUUUUCGCGGCGGCUGCUUUAGCUACAGGUUAUAUAAUAGGAUCGUUUCGAAUGAUGAUGCUAAUUUACGCCGGUGGAGUGGUUUUCACCGCACUGGUUACUGUCCCUAAUUGGCUCUUCUUCAACCGCCAUCCUCUCAAGUGGUUGGACCCAAGCGAAGCUGAGAAGCACCCUAAGCCACGGAAGGCUGUGGUUUCCAAUGACAAGAAGAAAUCGUCCAAGAAAGUGACAGCAGCUGGUUAAUCUGAUUAUUAGAAUGGAUAGCCAUUGUUAAGAGUACUGAAUUUCGAGAACUAGAACAAAUUCAUCUUACUGGUCACGGAAUGCAAAUUCCUGUGUGUGCAGGUGUUUCUUGUCCGUUGGAUUUUGGGAAGGUAAUUGCUAAAAUUUUAUAAAAAUGAUAAGACAUUGUUUUAUCCAGUGGCCUGAAAUGGGUGUUACACGAGACAGAUGCUUGUAGUGAGACGGGAAAUGUAUCCUGCUUAUGUUCUGGAUGAAGCGGAUUGGCCUUUUUAUGAUGGUUUGUUGUUUUUGUUGAUAAGUAAUACUAUAGACUGUUGCUUCUAUUAAAUAGAAUUGAGUUGAUUAUUAA